GGUACAAGACCUCGUGCUGGAAAGGCGUCAGGCGGAUUUUCCGACGUCUGUGUUGCUGGCGAAGAGAAACCGUCCGCGACCCACGUUAGUCUGGCGGUCCCCAAAGGGCCGAUGAUGUCGUCAGGAAGACGGCGACGAAUAGGAGGGGAGGAUACGGGAAAGAGCCCGGAAGGUGCAUGGCGGUAAGUCACCCGAACGCGUUUCCCGACCACCCACGUAGAGACGGGUUCACGAGCGUAGCGCUCUCGGUCGUCGUUGACGUGCGAGACCCUCUGGCGACUCGGCGAGCGCCCGGCAGUUACAGUCACGUGGAUCGAUGGACGACGAUGUCGAUGGCACGGUGGUUAGUUGAGGUAACGGCGUGGGCAACGAUUCCGCCCCGACCGUACCUACGAUGAUGACGGCGGUGAUGGCGACUCGUUACGAUGGAAGUGGCGGACACAUUGGCUCGAGGGUCCGGUGGCGUGCGACUUCGUGGUGACGGUUAUUGCAGGACAAAGACGCGGCUGAAGAGACGACGCCAGGACGAAAAUUACCGAUUGUCAAGGAUCGCGGCACGUCGUUCGUACGGCGGUCCGAUGGCUCUCACCUUUUCGUCGCGUGUUAAACCCACAUCGGCCGGGUCGCUUGUCCGUAUAGCGAUCACCGUCCAUUCCGCGACAUGCACCAAAUCUCGAUUCUUUUGCUUCGUGUCCAAUGGUAUUCGCUGCAAGUCUGUCGCUAGAGUCGUCUCACCGUUGACCAUCAAAGCGCUAACAUCGCGCACUAGCCGCCGUUGCUUGUCRYCGUCGACCAUCGAUCCCGCGGCCGUCUCGGUCUGGCCUCGCCGGCUGGGCAAGGUCGUCACGCGUCCGAGCAAACUCGCCCGUGACACUCGUCUACCCGUGGGACCAGUCGUGGAACGUUGUGGAGGUGACCAGUGGCCAAAACUGUUACAAAUCCGCACCCAAUCGCCAUCUUGUAUCCUCCCCUUCUUGUUUUUGUGUCUCCUGACUGACGUAUUUUUUUUUUUUUUAAUUUUAUAACUUUUUUUUGUGUAUAAAUUGUUGUUGUUUAUCUCCUUCUUCAAUGUUGUUUGUCUCCCCCUCUCAACUCCCUCCCUUUUUGGCUAAAUCUUGUACUGGCAACAUUUAAAUUAUAGUAAUUUUGUGCUAUUUUUUUAAUGUUCUAAUUUUUUUUUAAAUGUUUCCCCUUUUUGUAUUUAAACCAUGUGUUUCCCCCAACCCUUUUUUUGACUUUGAAAAUCCUUUACUUGUAAAAAUGUAAUAAUUUAGCCAUUUUGUGCUAAUUCAUAAAAAAUUAUACAUAUUAUAUCUUCAAAAAUGUUUUCCUUAUGAUAAUAGCAACUUUGCUCUAUUUUUUGCCAGUUAUAAAAU